UGGUUUAACAACUACAUUGUACAAAAUAUAUUGCAUAACACAUCUAUACUCUCCUCGUCAUCCUUUUAAUCAACUCAUUUAUGCCGGGAGUGUGCAGAACACUUGAGAGAACUUUGCGGUAACCAGUGUGACGAAGUGAUUCUACAAUUGUAGAGAAUAACAACUGUUAGAACAGAAUGGGUUUGGAAGAUUACAAGGAAAUUGUGGCAACAUGUGCCUCGAUUACUACUAUUGGCCACAUGUUAUCUGGCACAUUAAUAUGCAAGAAUAUUUAUCAGAAGUGCACUUUGAUGCUUCAAUAUGCAUUCAUUGUAAGAGAUCCUGCAAUGGUUAAUGUUAAUGUUUUUGGAUUACUCGCAAAUGUGGCAUAUAUGGCUGUGUAUUACUAUUACUCAUCCCAAACGAAGGACACGCUUGCUUUAAUAGGCAAGGCUACAGCCUUUGUUGCGGUCUUCCUUGCAUAUGCUCAAGUGGAAAACCCUGAGAAGAUCGAAUUCCGAUUUGGUAUAAUCGUGACGGCACUAUUGCUCCUCUUAAUCAUGUCUCCGCUUUUCCAUCUUGGAGAGAUAAUAAAGACCAAAAAUACAGAUAUGCUUCCAUUUCCUAUUAUUUUUAUGGGAACACUUGUUACUUUCCAAUGGCUAUUAUAUGGAAUUAUAAUUAAUAAUUCAUUCAUUAUCUUCCAGAACGUUGUCGGUUUUCUCCUUUCCUUGGCACAAUUGUCUUUGUUCGUAAUAUUUCCUUCAAAAUCGAAAGCAAAAUCCAAUAGCCAAGAAAAGAUGGACUAACAAGAAAGAAGAAAAAGAUCUCGUAUAUAUCGCGCCGCUUACGAGUAUUAUAUUUUAUUGAAAUUUUUUGCGUAUUUUAGAAGUUUCGACUUCGUAUAUCGAAGAUUCGAUAUCUAAAUUAAGUACUUAUAAUUGACCUUGAAAACGGCGGCAAAUUAUCUGUGUAAAGAUUAACAUAAGGUUGACUAAUCACAUUCCUCAGCAUAGCAUGUUAUCAUUUCAUACAAAGAAAGAGUAUAUAGAGAGUUAUGUUAUAAAACUGUUGCUUUAUAUAUGUAUAUAAGUAUAUUAUAUAUGUAAUGCAACACACCAAUGUGAUAAUCUUUAUAUUUUCAGUACGAUUUACAAUUGAUUAAUUUUUCGUAUUGUAUAAAGUAUCUUGUACAGUACUAUAUCCAUUAAUUUAAAUGUGCUUAUAUGUGUAUUUGAAUAAUUAGUGCAUCAGUAGUAUGUUUGAAAGAUGUACCGCCGCAGUUGUAAUUAUUUUGUAAUAAAAAUUUCUGAAUCAUGUGAACAUCGCGUCAAGUUAUUAUGAGAUCUCUAAUUGAAGACUUAAUAAUUAUUCCACAACAAGACAAAACGUUUUGUCCUGAUUUUGGUCGUUGAUCUCGUUUCUAUCGAAUAGUCGGCAAAGUUCUAAAGUUUAGAAAAUCGUACCGAAAGUAUGAAGAAUCUAUACCGUUCCAAGAUCAUGUGUAAACACAGAAAAUUAUAAUAACUUUUCUAGGGAUCCGAUACAAACGAUUAUUCUACGCGAAGUUGAGCUCAAUUAUUUCAUCUUAUACAGAGUCGGUCGUUAUGUCAAGUAUCCAUUAUGUAAAUUGAAUUGUACGUCUAAUAAUAAGCUUGGGAUAGAUACUUUUCAAUGAUUGACGUAGUCGUACGUGGCUCGUUGAAGCCUGUUCUGUCGCGAGACCAAACCAAUGGCGAUUACCAUUUCACUUUCUACAGGACCGUGUUACGCUGCAUGCAAAUGCAAUCCUCUUGACGACUCCGCUCGCUGCCUUCCGUUGCGAUUUACGUCUGCGGCGGCUCGUUGGUAGUCGCGGUUGGUAUAUCAACUUAUUAUAUGAGCGGCGUACAUCAUCGCUUGACUUUCCGAUCGAGUUUGCCGGCUAAUAGCAGGAAACAGUGACCUUCCAUGUAGACAGUGGCGUCUGGUAUCGUGGCCAGUAAGUAACGUGUCCGAUUGUUCGCCGGACACCGGUAGUGUUCUAUGGGUCCCUCGUCAAUCGUUAGGAAGCGUGAAUCGUUUGUCAUAAAUUGACCUGUAACAGACGCGAAGGAACACAAAUCUCAUUCAGGUUCAUUUAGGUGAUAUUUCCGAAGUAAUUAUACCGCAUUCUUGCAAACGUAAAAUUACCGAUACUCACCGCGUCCUAUACCGGCGAUCGUUGUUGAAGUUAUUUGCGAUAAGAACCGAAUAAGAGCUGUGCUCUUCGGUUCCGACGACGAUGUUCUUAGUAAUAGUAAAUAAACGAACGUAAAUGCAA